AUGGGUCACCGCACUUUCAGGGUCGCCUUCUCGAAGGCGGCAACUGAUGCGAUCACCUUCACAACCUACAGCACCUUACCGAUGACAAGUGCAAUGUCUUAUAGACCAACGAUAGGUGGCUUGAAAAUGCCGCAGAAGAAGAACGCUCGAGUGGCUGAAAGCAACAAAAAACAGGUGAAUGAGUAUCGUCAUUGA